AUGAUGAAAAGAAGAAAUACGACUUUUUAUAGGAAACUAAAAAUAGAACGACAAAAAGUUUUUGCCACGUUAAAUGACAAAAUUACCCAAAACUAUAAUAUUUUAAGUCUAACCUCAGGUACUGAAGUUAAGGAUAACAGAAUUUGUUCAAAAGUACUUUCUGCUUUCAGCAGCGAAGUUGAGUCAAGUAAGAAAGUUACAGACAAAAAAUCUGUACAAAUUAAUGAUGAAGAGCAGAGAGAAGUCAUAGAUAUUCUUGAGCUAAAUGAUAUAGAAAAUGUUGAGUUAAACAAUAAAGAAGAAUUAAGUAAUGAAUUUGGAGACAAAAUAGUUCAAAGUAAUGAAGUAGAGCAGAGUGAAGGCAUCAUAGACAUUGGGGAGCUAAAUGACACUAUUGAAAAAAAUAAUGAUCAAAACUGCUUUGAAGCAGAUCCAAAGGCUUCUUUAAAUGUUCAAUUACAACACUGGGCAGUCACAAACAAAGUGACUCAUAUAGCCUUAAACAAUUUAUUAAAAAUUUUAAACCCUCAUUUUAAAAACUUGCCUUUAGACCCUAGAACUCUUUUAAAAACCCCCCGUAAAACUAUAACACGUUUUGUAGAACCUGGACAAUAUUUUCAUUUUGGCUUAAAAGAAAACAUUACUUUUUUAUUAGAAAAUGCUCAUCGUGAUCUAAGUCAAUGUGAAAUAUGUGUAAAUAUAGAUGGUUUGCCUAUAAGUAAAAGCUCUGGGAGUCAGUUAUAUCCUAUUUUGAUUUCUCUAUUUCCUGUAAAUGAAAAUUUAGUAUCGUGUGUUGGGUUGUACCAUGGUUAUGAUAAACCAAAGAAUGCCAAUAAUUUUUUAAAGGAAUUUGUUAAGAAGGCAAUAGAUUUAACAAACAAUGGAGUUUUGUUUAAUAAUAAAGUGAUUCCAUUUAGAAUUAAAGCAUUUAUCUGUGAUGUUCCAGCCAAGGCUUUUAUUCGCUGUACAAAAGGUCAUACAGGUUUCAGUUCUUGUACAAAAUGUAAACAAAGAGGAGAGUAUAUUGUGAAUACAGUAUGCUUCCCUAGGAUGAGUGAUGAAGAGAGAACAAAUGAAGAUUUCUUGUUACAAGUAGAUAAACUCCAUCAUACAGGGCAAACAAUUUUAGCUGACAUUCCAAACAUUGGCCUAGUAUCAUGUUUUCCUGUUGAAUAUAUGCACUUGACUUUAAAAAAUAUGUUAAGGAAAUCUAAUCAACCAAUACAACAAGUUGUAAGAAGACUUGGUGAAAUAAAAAAAUACCAAAGUGAAUAG